AAUGAUGGGGAAGCUUUACGUAAGAAUGGAUGUCGGGUGAUUGUUGGCAUGGGUGAAUCGGAAUGGUUUACCUAAUUAGAGUGUCAUCCAGGGUUGUGAUUAUUAUGACGACGAAUAUCGCUGAAUGUUCAACUUGGCUCAAUUAUCAGGCGGUCAGAAGAUGGUGUUACCGGGCGCACGUACAAGUGUUGAUGGGGAAGAAGUGUGGCGAGUGAGUGACUAAGCGCGUCACUUUGCGUCGUCGAAUCCUGACUGUGUGGAUCGGUUUUCAUGUUAUGACGUUGGCUCCGUAUGAUGGCGAUGUAGUGUGUUCUUGCUAAUCGUUUUGUUUUCAUUUGUAAGGUGACUCGAAUGAAAGUAAAUUGAAUGGUAAUCGGUGGGAACUGCCGCAGUGUCUAACAAGACAGACGACGAGUUAGCAGCCAAGAUAUCAAAUGGCAACGGAAAGCAAUCGAGUGUUGGAAUAAGCGAUUGAAGAUAAGAUAUGCUAACGGAUGAAAAAGUUCUUUGAUAUACGUCGUCGCCGCGUGAGUGAGUUCAGUUGUGGUUAACAUUUAUCCGAAGAUUGAUGGUCUCGAAAGGAUCAACACACCCUGUCGCUAACGUGGUCCGAUUUAUGUGUUCUAUUAUUUAUGGAUGAUGCUUAGUGCAAGUAAUUUUUCCCAGGAAUGCAAAAGCAACAAGUGAAGAAACAGAAGCUAAUUGAAAAUAAAGUGAGUGUACGCUUCGAAGACUGCAGAAACAGGGAAAAUUCGCACAAGUGGAUUACCGAGUAUACUUUACAAGUGGAUCUUCUAUCUAACGUGACUAGCCCGCCGCGCAGCUCGCCGAACGAAGUGGAAAGCAUUCGCAGUCGCGAGAACACGCCGCAGCAAGGGACGGGACCUUUCGUUCUCAAGAGCAUAGGAAAAGUCGUUAAGGUGGCUCCGCAGGCCGUACAACGACCUUUAGUCAGUACAAUAAGGUUUCACUUUCCGCCGGUGGUAAUCGUUGCGAAUCCGCCACCCGAUAUCGAACGCACUUCUUGCCGGAGCAGGGUACAGUUUUCGCCACAAGGUGUGCAGCUACAGAAGCAAAAAAGUUUCGUCUUCAGUCAGUCGCAGCAGCAUCUCUCUGUACGAAAUGAUGAAUAUAUUUCAGCAGUACAGCAGCUGCAGCAGCAGAGACAUCACCAGUUGCAAUAUCAGCAACAACAGCAGCAGCAGCAACAGCAGUUUGGAACAGACUCGUCGGCGCUCAUUAGUGGUUUCUGCCUAACCAAAAGCGCCAACGCCGAUCCAUCGCCGUUCUUCGACGAUCAACAACAACAACAACAGCAACAGCAACAGCAGGAGCAGCUCAACAAUUGUCACAUCAAUAGUGGCAGUGUCGUUAGCAAUACUCAGCAUCAUCAGCACGUGCACAGUCAUCUUCUUAGCAAUCGUCGAAACAGCAGUAAUAGUGUCAGUGUCGGUAGUGAUCAGUGUUGUUCGCAAGAGUUCAAUUUCCAUCACCAUCAUCUUCAUCAUCAUCAGUACCAUCAGCAGCAACAGCAGCAGCAGCAACACGACACUGAGAGUGACGAAGAUGAGAUUGCUCUGUAUCCACUCAAUAAUCAGGUCGGCGGCCAUACGCGACUGCUACUGCUGAAUCAGAGCACCGUUAUCAAACCGUUGAAUCUACGAGAACUAGAGUUCUACCAAAACAUUCCCAGCGACAUCCAGCAGUUCGUUCCAAAGUAUAGAGGUGUCAUGCAAGCCACCACGAUGGGCGGUACCAAGCUGGAGAAACGCUACUCGCCGAGCUUCCGGGACGAUCCGGGCCGCAAAAUGGCCGCUUCGAAGCGCAAACGCGAGGAAGUACUACGGAUGAAAAUUCAUAAGAAUGGCAUACCUUCAGAAGUGUUAAAAAGUAUUUCACAGAUUGACAACUCCAACAAACAAUAUUUCCUAAUGCUGGAAAACAUCACGUCCUGUUAUCGACAGCCGUGUAUUCUGGAUCUGAAGAUGGGUACUCGCCAGCACGGGGACGAUGCCUCGGCGGAGAAACGUAGCAAGCAGAUGGCCAAAUGUGCCGCUAGUACGUCGGCAUCGCUCGGGGUACGUCUGUGCGGUAUGCAGGUGUACCAGGCGGAUAUCGAUCACUACAUGAAGAAGGACAAAUACUGGGGCCGGGAACUGAACGAGGAGGGCUUCAAGGAAGCGCUGCACAACUUUUUCCACAAUGGGUUCCGAUUACGUGUGAAGGUGAUCGCCAGAGUGCUCGAUAAACUCGAGCAGAUGAGGCGGGUCAUCGAGAAGCAGUCCAGCUAUCGUUUCUAUUCCUGCUCCCUGCUCAUCGUGUACGAAGGCUACGAGGAACCUCCGGCCACCCCGGCCAGUAGUAGCUUCCCAUCCGAGCCCGAAUACCACCUGCUCGAAACCGAAUCCAACUCCUACUGCUACGAUGCGGACGCUUCGAACAGUUCGAUCGAGCAGUUCAAUCAUUCUUCGUCACACGACGACCAGCUGGAUAUGUCGUCUUCGUCCACAUCGGCUCAUCAGCGAUUGAAUGCCUCGAUGGCUACGGUUGCAACGGCAGCCAAAGCUGCUUCAUCCUGUUCACCUCCGUCGGCGACGUCCACCAGUGGAGUUUCAAGCGGAGGAAGUUCGUCCUCUGUUAGCGGCACCACUGGCAACAAGGCUAAAACUCCCUUCGUUCCCAUCUCCGAGGAAACGAUAUAUCCCGGUGUAUGUGACGUAACAAUGAACGUACCGAUGGGAACGACACAGAACGUGACCAGCUCCAGUCCACAUUCGAUGGAUUCGUGGAUGAACUACAGUAGCAAUAGCAGCAGCGAUGAUUAUUCUUCGGCCUUUGUGGUGCCGUCUCAUGUACAAAAUACUGAAGCCGACGCCAGUUCGGACUUUGACGGAGGAUUCAGCGGACGGGUUGUUCCACCGAGCCGAAAGCUAAGUAGCGUCGAGACCAUGGAGCGAGAUCGUGAGCGGUCUUCAUCUCUCACGACGGUCCCACCUAUUGCAAUAACCACGACGGCGACGACGACCACCACUACGGCGUCGCCGUCGGACACGCAUUGUUGUGGCAGUAUUAAUAUUAGUAAUACCAAUAACAAUAGUAGCAGUAGUUGUGGUAAGGCAUACGACCAGUCCGAUGCUGGUUAUCACGAGGAUGAAGUGGAUGAUCUCGAUGAUGACGAAGAGGAAGGCGCCGUAGAUGAUGACGACGAAGACGAGGACGAUGAGGGCCAUCUGCUUCAGGAAACAACCGUCAGCUCAAAACGGCACCGCGGCAAAGAAAAAGAAACCAUCGGCAGUCGUGCAGCGUCCAAGGUACAACAGACUCUCCGACGAAAGCUUAGCGCCAAGUCGAAGUCAACUUCGAUCAGUGGAGCCAGUGCAGGAUCCAGCACGCUAGGAAUGGCAGAUGUGCGAAUGAUCGAUUUCGCACACACCACAUUCGAGAUCAAGAACGGAUCCUCGAUGUGUAGCGCAAAUACCAAGGUGCACCAUGGUCCAGACAGUGGAUUCCUUCGGGGCCUGGAUAGCUUGAAGCGAAUCCUGACCGAAAUCUGCCAAGAACACUGAGGGUGAGAGUGAGCAGAAUCGAUCUCUAGUACUACACCGUUGGUUCUUCCUUGUAUUCUAAGUGCAUACUACGUAAUACCUACAAGCACGUGCCGCGACGGUGCACGUGUGUCCUUAGUCUCUCUCUCUCUGUCUCAUUCUCCGAACUUUGAGUAGCAGCUGUGCGGCUCUUCCAGCAGGACUUUGGAUGCAAGGCGGCCACGAUCAGCAGCAGCGGUUGUGUCGCCCUUCGGUAAAAGUGUGUUUUGUCGGAACGAGGAAACACCCGUUUUUUGUGAAAUAUUGUGAUACUAAAGCAUUUUUU